CAAAAAUUUGAAUAUUUAUGAAAAUAAAUAAAUAAUUUGUAAAAGGAAAAAUGUUUUUAGAAAGAUCGAAUUAUGUUUUGAGAGGAUUCAGUAUAUUACGAAACAAUUUAAUAAAUUAUAAUGUUGUUGCCUCUGUGUUACAAAACCCAAAUGUUGGAGAAAAAGCUGAAGUUAAGGGCUGGGUUAGGAGUUUACGUAUCCAAAAGGAACACAUCUUUGCGGACGUAAGCGACGGUUCUUGCGCCAAAAAGUUACAAAUUGUGAUUCCUAAAAAUCUGAAGACCGAUGAUCUAACUUACGGCAGUGCUGUGCAUAUCACUGGAAAACUGGACACUAGUCCUCGAGGACAGCUUGAAUUACGAGCUGAACAUAUUAAAGUCUAUGGAAAAUGUGUUGUUUUAGAUGGAUACCCUUUCAAUCCAAGAACGGCGCAUCCUCCUGAAUAUGUACGUCAAUUCUUACACUUACGGUCUCGUACAAACUAUAUAUCAGCGAUGUUGAGAGUUCGUCACUCAGUCACAAAACAUAUACACGACUUUUUCUGUUCUAGAAAUUAUUUGAAUGUAAACACACCAAUAUUAACGUCAAAUGACUGUGAAGGUGCUGGAGAAACAUUUAAAGUGCUGCCAGAUAGCGCAGAUACAAUUAAAGCUAUGAUGCAAGAAGGCAGGACCCCAGAUACUGUUUAUUUUGGUACCAAAUCCUUCCUUACUGUAUCAGGGCAGUUACAUUUAGAAGCUGUAUGUCGAGGCAUGGGAAAUGUUUAUACAUUAGGUCCUACAUUCAGAGCUGAAAACUCUAGAUCAAGAUUGCAUUUAUCUGAAUUUUAUAUGCUUGAAGCUGAGUUGGCUUUUUGUGAAACCAUAGAAGAGUUACAAGCAGUUAUAGAAAGCCUAAUGAAGUAUAUAUUUACACAGAUUAGAAAUACAAAUGAAGGUGAUUUGCAUUUAAUUGAUAAGAAUAAUGUAAGUCCAAAAUGGCUAAAUGAACAAUUUAUUACAUUAAGUUAUGAUGAAGUAAAAAGUAUUUUAGAUAAAAAAGGUAUGACUUCUAAUGAAGGGGGAAUAAAUAAAGAACAAGAGUUGGCUUUGGUAGAGCACUGUAAUGGUAUUCCAGUGUUUGUUGUGAGAUGGCCAAAAGAUUUAAAAUCAUUUUAUAUGAAGGAAUUGAAAUCUGACAAUAGCAAGGUGGAGGCAUUAGAUCUCCUAGGGCCAAUCACAGGUGAAAUAGCUGGAGGAAGUUUAAGAGAAGAUAAUUAUGAGAAACUGCAAUCAAAACUGCCAUCAGAAGCAUUGAAUUGGUAUUUAGAACUACGAAAAUUUGGCAAUAUCCCCACUGGAGGCUUUGGUCUAGGAAUAGAGAGGCUGUUACAAGUUUUAUGUGGUAUACAAAAUAUAAAGGAUACACUACCAUUCCCUAGGUGGCCACAUAAUUGUAGUAUGUAGUUAAUUUUGUAAAUAUGUAGAUGUAUAUUUGUUGAAAAUAAAUUAUAAUGAGUU